UUUCUUCGACUGGUACAGAUUUCUGAGUUGGGAACUAUGGCGCUGGAGGCACUAGUCACUGCAUUGGCUUGUCUAAGUACAACAACAACAACAAUAAACGAAAAGCCGGUUCCAAUUAUAAUGAGAAAUUCGUUGGAACCGUUUGACAUUGACAAUAGUACAGGCAACUGUCCAGUCGCAGUUCUGCGAGGUCUAAUAAUACGUAUUCAGCAUAUGACUGACCAGCUACAAUCACUCAGAUCAGAUCUUAAAGAACUACAAGAGCUCAUUAACGAGUAUGGGGAUCAAAUGCCACCCUCACCUAUUGAAUCGCGCAUCCUUAGUCCUCAACCUUCGGUGUCCAGCACAUAUGUAAAUGAUACGCCACGUAACUGCCUAGACCAGAAACAUGGACAUCUUCGGAUCCGAAUCACACCCGAUGUAGAACCGUUUUAUGUGAAUUGCGAUCAAAAGGUUCGCAAUGGUGGAUGGUUAGUGAUCGCCUAUCGAUUUGAUGGUAGCGAGGACUUCAAUCGGGAUUGGCAUACAUAUAAAUCCGGUUUCGGUGCACUUAAUUCUGAGUUCUUUAUCGGCUUGGACAAAUUACAUCUUCUCACCAUUUACGGUGAUCACGAGCUGUUAAUCAUAAUGCGAAGCAAGACGGGUGAGGAACGGUUUGCUCUUUAUGAUCAAUUCAGCAUUGGCAGCGAGGCUGAAAAGUACAUGCUCUAUGUACUUGGUGCCUACAAGGGAGACGCAGGCGACUCCCUGCGCUAUCACGUUGGUAAAAAAUUCACUACAUUUGACCAAGACAACGACGACAAUGGACAAAACUGUGCACGGACUCAUGCUGGUGCUUGGUGGUACGGACGCGAAUGCUUUGAAAGCAAUCUGUUUGGAACCUUCCAGUUCAAAUAUGGUCAAGAGAUUGGUUACUUUAAGGGUAUUCUAUGGAAAACAUUUGUACCCGGCCCAACAGGCUCUCUGCGAUAUGUUCGCAUGCUGAUAAGACCCUACAGACAGGAGACACCAACCUGAACCCGUCUUAAAAUUCUAUAGCAUAUAAAUACAGUAAUUUAUUUGUGUACGUGUACUUUAUAUGUAUGUACAUAUAUCCUUAAUAAAAUAUGAGUUUAUUAAUAUGUCGAAGAUAAUAGUAA